GAUUCUGCUAUAAUGUGCCUGCUGUACUCGAAUUUUUUGCUGCUGAAUCAUAUGGACCCCCUGGCUUUAAAACAGGUUAAAAAAAAAAAACAUAAUUGCAUUCAGUGUUCAUUCAUUUGAAUCAGGUGUGUCAGAAUCAGGUAAACUCUAACAUGCAGUGCAGGGGGUCUCCAGGACUAGACACACAUAAUUUCAAAGAUAUUUUUAAUUACAAAAGUUAAUCAUGGUCUGGGCUGUUCUGCUGAUGGACCCUCAUGUCAUAAUCAUGUGUGAAGCCAAAAUUCAGCUCAAAGUGCUUCUGUGGUGGCUAAAAAAAUGAUCACAAUGUGGUUGUUCACAUAAAUGAAUAAAUAAAUCUUGUAUCUGCCAUAGUAGCUGGUGGCUUUAACAAUUACAGUUGGACUGUGUGUGCGUAUAUGUUAUAGAAAUUAUUUGUGCAAAUGCUAAGCAUGACAAGAUUUAGUGUGCAUACAUGUUAAUGUUUCUGCACUUGCCAAGACUUUAUUCACAUUCUCUUGUAAAGAGUGUAAGAUUGACUGCACAGCAUUAUAGGCUGCUGUGCAGGUAAGGGCAAGUUUCUGUCCUCGUAAACACAAAGUUGAAAAAAAAACACAAUAACAAAAAAUAAACCUUUGCGUUUACGGUUUAAAAUUAAUUACAACAUGUCUUCUGCCACAAACCCUGCAUUCUAUUUGUACUCGUAAAUCGUUAGUGACAUCACAUCCGGCAAAAACGAGUUGGACGCUUUCUAUUUGCCACAACACAAUGACAGCUCGUUUGUAACAUUAUUCAGGCAUUGUUAUAGUAACACCGAACGGUUACAAGCAGCAUCAGACAGAAGACAAAAGCACGCAAAACCACAGCUCCGGGAAGCCAUCUUGAUUGAAAACAAGGUGUCCUCUGCGAACGACCGACUUGACGAGUUGGAAUUCCGACAUUGGGGCGUCAAACAGAUAAUCAUGGCAGUGAAUGUUCCUGGACUGGUGGCUGUGGCGGUUUUCUAUAUUGUCAUCCUGGCAACUGGGAUCUGGGCAUCUCGGAAAUCCAAGAAAGUGGAGAAAAAAUGUAUCAGUAGCAAGAGUGAAGUUACCAUUGUUGGUGGCCGUAACAUUGGUGUCCUGGUCGGAGUUUUCACCAUGACAGCAACAUGGGUUGGUGGAGGUUACAUUAUGGGAAUUGCUGAGGCUGUUUAUUCUCCUGGUCAAGGACUCAUCUGGGCUAUGGGGCCUUUUGCUUAUCUGAUCACUUUUUUUUUGGGAGGAUUGUUUUUUGCCAAACCAAUGAGGUCCAAGUGCUACGUGACUAUGUUGGACCCAUUUCAGCUUCACUAUGGCAACACAUUCACCACAGCACUGCUUGUUCCUGCUUUGGUCAGUGACAUAUUGUGGGUGGCCUGCAUCCUUGCUGCUCUUGGAGGAACAAUAAGCGUAAUUCUUGGGCUGUCGUCUGCUAUCUCCAUCAUCAUCUCAGCAGCUGUCUCCAUCAUCUACACAUUUUUAGGGGGCCUCUACUCUGUUGCGUACACUGAUGUCAUCCAACUUUUUUUCAUCUUUGUCAGCCUGUUUCUCUGCAUUCCUUUUCUGCUACUCAGUCCUGCAGUUACUGACAUCUCACAAACAGCCCACCACAACCAUUCAACUACAUGGAUAGGAGAGUUGGAGCUGGCAGAUGCUGGAAAAUGGGCAGAUCAAAUGCUAUUGCUGGCUUUGGGGGGACUGGCCUAUCAAGCUCUAUACCAGAGGAUCCUCUCUGCAGCCUCCUCUACUCAGGCUCAGGUAACCUGUUUUGCUGCUGCGGUGACAAGUUUUAUGAUGGGAAUCCCCUCGGUUGUUUUUGGAGCUGCAGCUGCAUCUGCAGACUGGAACAAAACAGCGUAUGGUCUGCCCCCUCCUUUUGAACGAGGGGAGGCAGGGAAGAUUCUGCCACUGGCCCUGCAAUACCUCACACCCACCUGGUUAGCAGUGUUAGGCAUUGGUUCUGUGGCUGCAGCAGUUAUGUCGUCUAUGGACUCCGUGCUACUGUCCUCAGCAUCCAUGUUCACACAGAACAUAUACAAGACGACUUUGAGGAAGCAGGCCUCAGAGCGAGAGCUGCUGUGGGUGAUCCGUGUUAGCGUGUUGGUGGUGGGCCUGGCGGGAACGGGCCUGGCUUUUGGUGAUGAUAGUGUGUUUGCCCUCUGGCUGCUGAGCGGGGACCUCCUCUACUGCGUAAUCUUCCCGCAGCUCUUUUGUGUGCUGCACCUCAGCUGUGCUAAUACCUACGGUGCUAUUAGUGGGUAUGUAGUGGGACUGCUGCUGCGUGGGCUGGGUGGGGAGCCAGUGCUUGGGAUCCCUGCUCUCCUCCUGUACCCUGGCUGGAGGGAGGAGCACGGAGUUAUCACACAGUACUUUCCCUUCAGGACUCUGGCCAUGGUUUGCUCUGUGAUAUGCAUUUCUACAGUGUCUAAGCUGACGGAGCUGGUUUUCAGUCACCAACUAAUUCCUCCGUCCUGGGAUUUUCUGAGGGUGUUUGAAGAGAAAGAAGAGACAGAGAGGGAGGAGAUACGUCCUCAGCAGAAUAGAGACACACUUUUUACCAAAUUCUAAUAUUACAUGUAGCACAACCCUCUUCUCUGCACUGAUUAUUUGUUCACACUCUUUACCUGUAUUGUACUACACUCUCAAUAAAGAAGUAUAUGCUUUUUAUG